GGCUGCAUUGCAAGACAGAUUUCUUUCCCCCUCUCUUGAAAGUGGGCAAAAGAGAUCCAGUCUCUGGGAGAAUAGCAGGGGGACUGAGAGGAAGAGAGACCUUCAGACCACCCAGCAGGACUACCCCAGACUGAGAAUGAGGAGGACACUAAAUCUCUUCCUCCUGUGCCUGCCAGCACUCCUGGCUCAAGGGCAAUACGACAUCGAGGACCCGGCCUACCAUGACACACCUUACGUGCCUUACGAAAUAGACAGCCAAGAUUAUUAUGACUAUGCUGGUAAUGCAGACAUUGCUCCGCAGACCCCGGAGGAGCAAUAUCAGUACCAGUCCCAACAGCAGAACCAGCAGGAAGUCAUCCCUGCGCCAACCCAAGAUGUUCCCGAGACAGAGCCCACUGAACCAGGCCCCCUCGACUGCCAGGAGGAGCAGUAUCCCUGCACCAGACUCUACUCGGUCCAUAAGCCUUGCAAACAAUGCCUGAACGAAAUCUGCUUUUACAGCCUCCGCCGCGUUUACGUGAUCAAUAAGGAGAUCUGCAUCCGCACCAUCUGUGCCCAUGAAGAGCUGCUCAGAGCUGACCUUUGCCGGGACAAGUUCUCCAAGUGUGGCGUCAUGGCGACCAGCGGCCUCUGCCAGAGCGUGGCCACCUCCUGCGUCAGAAGCUGUGGCGGCUGCUGAGCUGGAGCUGGACAAGAGGGGAGGCCUUUCUGCACCACGGACGCCGCCGCAGGAGCCCACCCCCAGAGGAGGAGGGAGAGUGUCUCAGCCGCAAGACCGCCUCUCCUGGCUGGUGUUUUGCUCCUUCUGCUUGGCCUCACAGGAAGUCCUUGGUGCUAUUUGAGGCGGCAAGGGGGGGGGGAGGCAAGGGCAGAGUCCCACCUUGUGCACAUUCAUAGUCUAGUGUGUUUAAUUUUCAUUACUUUUUUUUAAUUAAAAAAACGGUGCUUCACGGGCUCUGCAGGGGCCGGUGGGAUAUUAAAAACCACUAGGAGGGCCAAGGGGCUAUUAAGACCCCCAUUUCCAUUUCCCCACCACCAUGAAGCGCAACCAAAGGUCAGGGUGCAGCUGUUUUUACUUCCCCCAUAGCCGUACGCCUACUUUUUGUAUGAUUCCCCCUCCCUACUUUUCUACAAAACGUUUAAAUAAAUAAAACAAACCCCAAA